AUGGGUGUUUUUGAUGAUGUGAUGAGGUCAAAUCCAAGGAGCUGGUGCAGAGCUUUCUACAAAGUGGGAAAUUUUGUAGAAGAUGUUGAGAAUAACUCUACCGAAUCAUUUAACAACACCAUAGUCAAAGCAAGAGAGCUGCCAUUGGUCCCUAUGUUAGAAAUGAUUGCUCGGCUUGCAAUGGUACGCAUUGCCAAAAGAAGUGUUAAGUCUCAUGAGCAUACUGGUUUGUGUACACCAUAUGUUGAAAAAUAUCUUGCAAAUGAGCUUGAGCAUGCUUCAGAGGUCACCAUGCACAGAAGCACAAAUAGAAUGUAUAUAACUAUGUUGGCUGGUUGUGCUCACCGUGUGGAUUUGAAUGCGCGGUCUUGUAGCUGUCGGAAAUGGGAUAUCACAGGAAUCCCGUGUGAGCAUGCAUAUGGUGUUAUCCUUAAGCUAAAAUUGAAGCCUGAGGAUUAUGUUUGUCAAUGGUUUCGCACAGCUCUUUGGCAGAGGAACUACACAGAUGGUUUAGUACCAUUGAGAGGUACAAAGUUUUGGCCUGUAGGAUCAGCUCCUAAAGUCCAUCAAGCUCCUGAACCUCCACAGCCAGGAGCUAAAAAGAAGAGUAAGAAAAACAAAAGAAAGAAAGGUAAGAAUGAGUCUCCUCUGAAGAAACAACCAAAGGCUCUGAAACGAGUCAUGCAUUGUGGGAUAUGUGGUGCCCCUAAUCACAACUCUAGGUUUCAUAACAAGAAACAAAAGGUUCCUAAAGGUAAACAACCUCAAGAUAAUCAAUCUCAAUGUGAACCUUCGCAAGGAAUUUUCACACAAGAGUAA